ACGCCGGAAGUACCUGCUGAGGUUUAUCGCUGAAGCUAAUGGCCCCGGAAAGGUAAAAUAGCACUCCGAAGAUGGCCGGGGUGUUUGAGGUGGAGGUUGAUGGUGUAGAGCACGACCAUGGGCUGGAGCAUCAGGACGAGCCGCACCAGAUCGAUGUGUCCAAGCUUUCACCUGAAGAGAAAUGGAGGGUGGAGCAUGCAAGGAUGCACGCCAAACACAAAGGCCAUGAGGCCAUGCACGCAGAGAUGGUGCUGAUCCUCAUUGUCACCCUGGUCAUUGCCCAGCUAGUCCUUGUGCAAUGGAAGCAGAGACAUCCCAAGUCAUAUAAUCUGGUGACUCUGUUCCAGAUGUGGGUCGUUCCUCUCUACUUCACUACCAAACUUCACUGGUGGAGGUUUCUGUCCACCUGGUUUAUCUUUUCUGUCAUAACAGCAUAUGUCUCCUAUCGUGCCACCCGCAAGCCACUGGCCUGCACAACCCCAAGGUUGGUGUAUAAGUGGUUCCUCCUUCUCUACAAGAUCAGCUAUGCCACAGGAAUAGUAGGCUACAGUGUCGUCAUGUUUACACUUUUUGGUAUAAACCUAAUAUUCAGGAUAAAGCCGGAGGAUGCAAUGGACUUUGGCGUUUCUCUGUUGUUCUAUGGUCUGUACUACGGAGUCCUUGGACGGGACUUUGCAGAGAUGUGUGCAGACUUCAUGGCUUCAACCAUAGGAUAUUACAGUGCAUCUGGAAUGCCAACCAAGCACCUCUCGGAUGAUAUCUGUGCUGUGUGUGGUCAGCCCAUCCUUGUAGAUGUCAAUGAAGAGGGGAUUAUUGAAAACACAUACAGACUGACCUGCAAUCAUGUGUUCCACGAGUUCUGCAUAAGAGGAUGGUGCAUCGUUGGAAAGAAGCAGAUGUGCCCGUACUGCAAAGAGAAGGUGGAUCUGAAGAGGAUGUUUAGUAACCCCUGGGAGAGGCCACACGUCAUGUAUGGACAACUUUUAGAUUGGCUUCGGUACUUGGUGGCUUGGCAGCCGGUAAUUAUUGGAUUUGUUCAAGGUAUCAACUACGUCCUGGGAUUGGAGUAACCUGCAAAUCCAAAAACGGACAUACACGCCAUACGGAGGACAAUGCACUGGCUCAAAAGACUGGAGCCUAACAUUGAACUAAAACAUCAAUAUGAAGUGUCUAUACUUUUUGUACAUAUUGAUAGGCACAACGUAUUUACGGUUUAUUUGAAUUUUAUUAGUAAUCAGAAUUUGGAUGUCUGUCUCAAUUCCCCAGGUUUUCUUCACAUCAUUACACAUUAAUCAUGGGUUUGUGCAUAUUAUGACCUAGUAAAGCAGUUCUAAAAUCGCUACGGAGGUGCUUUUUACUAAUUUAUGAAUUUGUGUCUUAAGUGUUUGUCAAUACUCAGUUAAAGGGUCAUGCUGGAGUUUUUCAUCCUCUUAUCUAAUGAUAAAAAGCUCUUCCAUUGUUAUCUAAUAAAAAUUCGGUUGAAAUCUGCAUAAAUUAUUGCUGCCCAGUCAUGCCUCCAGUGUAAAUGGGCAUAAAACCCAGACUUCCCCUGGAAUCCUUGGGCUGCUGCAUCAUUGCACGUCAUUACUCAUGUAGCUGUUUGACUUCCUGACAAUAACUUUAACAAGAAGUGAAAUAACUGAGUUUCCUACAUGCAGACAAGCACAAUGUCUGUUGACAUCAUGGAGAAUCAGCAUACAAACUUAGCUAAGAGCAGGAUUCCUCCUACGGUACUUAGUAAGAUGGAAUUGUUAAUAUUACUGGAUUUCAACAUGUCCACAGUGUCUGCAUUACACUCAUUAUAAAUGGAAAGACAGACCUAUCUGCUUUGGUUUUUGCCAUUUUCCACCCUUUGACUAGUUUGUAUGAUUCACAUUGGAGGUCAGAAAUAGUCACAGGACUAUUUUUUAAUACGGAAAAAAAAAAAAAAAUCUCCUGAGCCUCUGAAAUUACAGCUCAUAUAGCCAUGUAUGUUUUUGUCAGCAGUUUGCCUUUAAGCCUCUAUUAUAGAAACAGUUUUUAUGAACAGUUUUUGCAGUAUGUUUUUGGAUUAUUAAGAGACAUGAUUUUGAAACUACUUAUUCAGUACAGUGAGCAAAAUGACAUCAGGGCCUGAGAAGUUACUGAAAGUGUCUGCAUGUCAAAGUACUUAUAAAGGUACUUUGGAAAGAUUUUUCAGUAGUAUGGGUCAAGUGGUUCUUGUACCGCUUAGGUAUUUGUAGCCUCCACUUAAAUACCAACCAAAACUAAGAGUCUGGCUGCUUUUAAUGAAAUGAGGAAAGAAAACUGUUAUGGAGUGACCCUUUAACUGGGAGAGUGCAGACAGUGCCAGCACUCUUCUUUUUUUACCGUUUGAAGUUGACGGCUGGUGAAUUUCACAGGUACUUCUCAUGGUGUAUUCCAUAUCUUUGACCCGAUUUACCUGGACCUCACUGUGUGCAACAGGGCUAAUUUAUCAUUUCAGUGUCAGUGUUAUCUUCAAAAUCAAUAAAUGCCAGUACACUUUA